AGAAAACGUUCCCAAACUUUCCUGAUUGAUGUUGUAAUCGCAGAUUAUUGGUUUCUUUUCGUUUCUGAUCCUUUUUUUCUUUGGGAGCCGUUUAAUCUAGGGAUGCUGUAGCUGUAUCACCUGUUGCUUCCAAUGCAACAUCCAGCGUCAAAACUACUUUUCAACGCAGUAAUUAAGCCUAGUGGUGACUUUUAAGAUUUCAAAUUAUUCUAAUAUUCUCAGAAAUCUUUUACUAAGUGUCAAGCGUCACGGAUGCCAGUCUACAGUAUUUUAGCCGUUUUAUUUUAUUGGUGAUUGAUUGAUAUUUCCACGGUAAAUGGCCCGUUCCCCGAUCCGAGAGCUCUCCGCCUCCAAGUUGCCCGUCUCAUCCCUGUUGGGCAGCAAACCUCGGAAGCGCGUGCGCUUGUAUAAUGAACGAAUUCUGACGAAAGCGGAGCAUCGUCGACAUCUGCAGCAGCGGGCUCGUCGAAUGCGCCAGCGACGUCCCUGUCGCUUCCCUCCGCUCUGCCACCAUCCCCAUGCGCGAUAUCAGCGAUUGAAACCUUACACUCGCAUUAUCGAGAUUACGAAAACAGCUCCCGAAGAUGAGAGUCUGUGUGCAGCUAACCGAAAGUAUCAAACUCUGUGUCGCGAUCUGGCCAAGGAUAACGCCCGCCUUAAAAUGGAAAAUAAGGAUUACCGGGAAGCUGUGCAACAAGGCUAUUCCAAAGAUCUCGAUCUGUACGAAUCGCAGCAUGCACACUUGCAUUUGCGCAAUGUUGUGGCCAAGUUCAUGGUGACUGUGCGUGAUGAAGGCAGCUUUGUGUUGCCCAAUGAUCUUCUCCGUCUAAUGCCAAAUUAUGCCGAGAUUGAGGCGAAUCCUGCUGUUCUGACUCCGCCAAAGCUGUCUAUUAAGGUUGGGCCCCUGACUGUCAAAAAAGGAGUGGCCGUGCCACCCGAUCUUGAUCCUCUGCAGGAAGAAUUCCAGCCGCGCGAAGGUGCCAAGAUCGUGCGCGGUGUGUCGCAGGUUGCCAAAUCUGCUAAGUUUAAGAAGCGCCACACCGCUCUUCCCAGUGAUCUGCUCAAGUCUCUCAAUGCGGCGAGCUUGGCGGAUAGUCCGGUGGCCUUACGCGAUCAGUCACCUCUUCCAAGCACUUCCCACGACGACGACACCCGCCACACUCCUACUUCCACCGUCAAAGACCCAAAUCCCGUGGAUGAGUAUGAUUACCAGCGGGAAAUCGACCGAGCCAAAGAGCAGACACCGCCGACCAACAAGCGCACGGCGGCGGCGUUGAAUGGGGAAGCCCCCAAGCACCGUCCCCGUGCCGCGCGCCGCUCCAACCUCCCGGUGACGGAUGAAGCGUCCACCCCGAAGAAGCUGUGUUUUCAGAAUGACGACGCUACAGCGGAAAAUAACGAUGACGAUGCUGUAGAGUUUCUCAUUGUGCCGGUGAAGAAUCGGAAGUUAAGCGGGAAGAAGAAGACAGUCGAGGGUGAUGGUGGUGUUUUCAGUGAAGCGUCCGAAGAGGAUCCCGAGGAUGGGGAACGGUGCGCGACGCCGCCGGUGGAGGCCGGAGAUUUCGGACGGGGACUGCGGCGAUCGGCGCGCGCCACCACAGCCCAUAUCAAAUCCUUGAAAGAGCCGAGUUUAAUGAAGAAGAUGCGCCGUCCCGUGGACAUCCCGGCGCUGAAUCCGUCGGCAGAACGGAAGCGGGUGUCGCGCGGCACACGCGGUGGAAGUUUCGGUAAAAGUGGCCGCAAAUCGGAGGAGCCGGCGUCAGCGUGAGAAAACACGGAUCUGGUAGGAACAUAAUCUCGGGCUGUAUGUUUUUUGGUUCAAGAUUGGCUUUACGCCGUGGAAAUAGUCAACAUUUUUGUCCUUUGAAUGCUCUUACCUUUUUUUGUACAGUGGUCUGCGUUGGGUUGGAUAAUACUUGCACGUUUAGCGUUUUAUGGAGUAUUCUGUAUAUUUUAUAGUUUAAUGAUCCGCCGGUUUGUUUGGUAAUGUGUAUUUUUGAUAUUAUGACCGGCAUGUAG